AUGUUUUGCAAUAAAAAAUAUAUAAUAUUAGUGAAUUAUUGCAAUAUGCUAAGCUAUUGGGUAUCUGAUGUGCUAGUAAGUACUCUUGAAAAAGAUCAAAGUAAAUGUACUCUUGCGUUUGAUGAAAUUCAACAAAUGUGGAGUAAAGCUUCUCGUGAUAAUACAAUAAGCUAUCAAUGCAAACCUUAUUCUUCAAUUAUUAAUUACUACCUGGAUUGGGAAAAUGCUAAAGUACUGUAUGAUUACUAUAUCGAUUUUGAUUAUAUUAAUAAAAUGACUAGUAAUUGUGGUGGAAACUGCCAAGAAUUAUGUAGUUACCUCAUUAAAAUAAAUGAUAUAUAUAAGAGUUAUAAAGAUUUUUGUUCUGGCAAGGAAAAUCAUUUGUGUCCUCUUUCUAAAAUUAAAUAUGAAAAUUGUAAUCCAAUGUCAUUGUUAAAUACGUUUAAUUGUAAUACAUCGACUGAGGUGUUAUCAUUUCCUCAAGAUGAACCAUCUGAAGAAGAAUAUGAUGAGGAUACUAGUAUACAUGUAGCUCCUAUUAUAGAAGAGGCUCGUAGUACUUCAUUUAGUAAAGAAGAUUCUCAGGAGGAUUCAGAAUUAAUAAGUGGCAAAUCGAAGACUUUAAGUGCAUUUGGUAAUUC